UACAAAUACCCAGCGAUGCCUCCCCCCUUUUGGUCGACGCGUGCUGCUGCCCAGGUUGAAGAGGGGGGCUGGGAGCGGGCGGAGACAAUCGGGCCGCAGGUGUGCCAAUGCUAGAGCAGCGCAACAGCAGCUCUGGAACUGAGAGUCAAGAGCGCCAGCGACACAGCGCCAGCUGCCAGCUGCCAGCUACCAGAGUCAAUGGCUGUCCAAUCAAACCCGAGCACAGCCAGCGCCGGCGACGACGUCGACGGCGACAGCGACGGCUGGAUGACGACGAGUGUGCCCACAUAAAAUUGGUGUGUGCGUGUGUAAAAGAGUUCCAGUAGAAAUGCGAGAAAGAGAGUGCUGCUGCUGGACUGUGUGUGUGUGUGUCUGACGGAUAGCUGGCGCACGGAUAAUAAACGGAUAAACCGGAUAAACUCGAUAAACUGGAAAGCAAGCCAAUGAGAGCGCAACGGUGCGAGUCGAGCAAACAACCACCGCUGCGCCGCUUGCGUCGUGGUCGCCGCUUCGGUCAAAAGGAACUUAAUGUGGUGUUCGGCACAGCCAGAGACAGUCAACAUUGCGCAGCCGUUGUGAACGGACGUCUACGCCGCGCCGGAAAAUCAACCAAGUCGCUACUCGAGACAAUCGCCACGAAAAGUGCAGUGUGCUGUGUGCGAGAGAAAACACAUUGAAAAAACUUAAAAACUGAACAGUACCAAAAUUUAAUUAACUAACAAAAAGAUGGUCUUAAACGAAAUGGCCGGUGCAAUGUCUGCCCUGCCCCUGUCGCUGCCCCUGGCCCUGGGCCAGCCCAGUCCGUUGGCGAGUCCGCCGGCGAGCAAGUCGCGCAUUCAAAUCGAAUGGGAUAUCAAUGAUACGGUUGUGCCGACGGUCAGCGAAUUCGACGAGUUCAACGACUGGGCCAACGGCCACUGUCGCCUAAUCUAUGCCGGGCACAACGAGGAUGCCAAGAAGCACGCCAGCGGCUGGGCUAUGCGGAACACCAACAACCACAACGUCAACAUACUGAAGAAGAGCUGCCUGGGCGUGCUGCUGUGCAACGCCAAGUGCCAGCUGCCCAAUGGAGCCAGCGUUCAUCUGCGCCCGGCCAUAUGCGACAAGGCGCGCCGCAAGCAACAGGGCAAACAGUGUCCCAAUAGAAACUGCAAUGGACGCCUGGAGAUACAGCCGUGCCGCGGCCACUGCGGCUAUCCGGUCACACACUUCUGGCGGCGCGCCGGCAAUGCGAUCUACUUCCAGGCCAAGGGCACACACGAUCAUGCACGGCCCGAGGCCAAGGGCUCCACGGAGGCCCGCCGGCUGCUCGCGGGCGGCAGGCGCGUGCGCAGCCUAGCCGUCAUGCUGGCCCGGGACGCAGCGCUCAGCGAUAAGCUGUGCAGUCUGCGCACCAACAAGCGCCAGGCCAAGACGCAGCAACAGCAGCUGCUGCUGCAGGAGGGCAGCAAACGCAAGCAGCGCUCGUCCAAUGCGGAGCUACUGCAGCAACAGCCCGGCACGGAGCUAAUGGCGAGCUUCCAGGCCGCUGGCCAUGCGACAGAUGUCACAGCAACUGCAACCGCAACAAAUAACGCUUCCUCGAUCUUCAGUCCAGCGCAGAGCAGCUACGUGACGCCUCAAUGGAGCACGGAGAGCUACUAUCAGCCAGAUGCGCCGGCACUGGGUUAUAGCAGCGGAAUGUACGGCUACGACAUGCUCCACUCGCCACUCUCCUCCAACAGCUCUACGGGCAGCUACUAUAAUGCCCCGGAGCAGCAGCAGCAACAACAGAUUUUGCUGGAGCAGCAGACUCUGCCACAGACCAACAGCUAUGAUCAGACGACGACAACGACAACGACUGCGUCCGGCUACCAGGCGGGCAUGAACCUGUACGAGAGCUGCGAUGACACCUCCAGCUUAACCAGCAGCUCUGGCUACAGCUCCGAGGAUUACAGCUAUUUCAAUGGCUACGUGCCGCAGAGCCUGGACGUGAGCGGCAGCUCCAAUGCCAGUCCGGAUGGCUUCUACACGCCCCACUCGGAAAUCUUCAGCGUGUUCGAUCCGAACAUUAAUGGCGGUGGCCCCUCCACCGUGGAGCUGCUGUACGAUGAGGCCACCGCCUAUCAGCAACAGCAACAGCAACAGCAGCAGCAAUCGCUGCAGCAGCAUCAAUCCUUCAUUGCAUCGCCCGCCGUCGCCGUCUCCUACCAGCAACAGUCGCAGCAGCAGCAGCACCACCACCAGACGGCGGAUUACUAUUACAGCAACACGGGCGUGGACAAUGUGUGGAAUAUCCAAAUGGACGCGACUCCCGCAACGGCCUCCUACCAGAGCUCAACUAGCCAACUAGAGUCGGGCGUUGAAGUUUUCUGUUAAUCCUCCCGAUCUCGAUCGAAACACUCAAGCGUUGUUCUAGUCUCUAGUUGAUCCACAUCUCUUGCCUCGGCCGGUUGCGCACACUCCAAGUUAUGAUCCUCCCCCUGCUUGUUGGUUUUGUCUUUAUAUUUGUCUUUCAUGUUUCUAGCUCUUAGUCAAUGAGAACAUUUGUUUCCCAGCUAUUCCAAAGUUUUAACUUAAGUGCAUAUAUAAGUAUAUUUAGUCUGUUAGUUAUCUAAGCGAGAAGCACCCACCUAUUUAUGAAUUUUUGUAUUACAAUUUUGAAAAUAAAAACUAUA